GGCAACGUCCUCUUCCCGACCUGGCAUCGGGGUUACCUUCUGAGACUCGAAAAAGCUCUCCAGAGCCAGGUCCCCGGCGUGGCUCUGCCCUACUGGGAUGAGACGGAGCAGGAGUCUCUAGAGCACGGCCUCCCUUCCAUCUUCUUGCAGAGAACGUACAAGUACGAAGGUACUCUCGAGGAGUUUCCCAACCCACUGUUCUCGUACACGUUCCAGGCCAGAAUCACGGACCGGCUCCAGCCCAUCCCGGAUGCCAACUAUACCAAGCCCGAAGGCUAUGAGACUGUCCGCUACCCCUUCUCUGGUCUUGUAGGCACGAAGAAAGACAAGAACAAGACGUGGGUACACAACAAUUCGCUGCGGGAAAGAGGCGACGCAGCGACGAACCAAAUGCUUAAUGACAACAUCACCACAUGGCUCAACAAGUCGUCCUUCCGGAACAGCGACGGUAAAAAGGUUCACGCCGGUGUCAAGGAUAAGUUUGACCACUGCCUCGACGCCCCCAAUUACACCGUCUUCUCCAAUACUACUUCCGCCCAGCAAUGGAACGAUGACGGCCUUCAGGAGACUGGGUUCAAAUCCGCCACACCGCUCGAGUCCCCACACAACUUGAUUCACUUGGCGGUGGGUGGUUUCGACAUCCCCAAGCACAACUUUGACCAGAUUGGUGACGCAAACGGCGACAUGGGCGAGAACGAUACGGCCGCCUUUGAUCCAAUCUUUUACUUCCACCACUGCUUCAUCGACCUCUUGUUCUGGCGCUGGCAGAAGAAACACAACAAGGAGAAUUCACUCGAGAUCAUCCAGGGCUACCCCGGCACCAACUCUGUCGACAACCAGGGCCCGACGCCCGGCGUGGCUGGCGGCACCUGGCUUACCCUAGACAGCCCCCUAGACCCGUUCAGGAACCCUCACGGCGCGGACAAGGCAAUGACGUCCAGGGAUGUUGUCAACAUUGCCGAGCUGGGCUACGCAUACGACUUUCCUGACCCGCCGACGCGGGUUGGCGAGCCUCAUGGCCCGAGUCCCGUGUUGACCGUCAGCGGAAUCAACCGCGCCGCCAUUGGAGGGUCCUUUGUCGUUUCCGCCUGGGCCACGUUGAAGAGCGGAGAAAAGGUUCUGGUUGGGACAGAGGCUGUGUUGAGUCGAUGGCAUGUAUCGGGGUGCAAGAAUUGCCAGAAUCAUUUGGAGGUUAGGACUCAUAUACCGGUUGAGGGCUGGACGAAGAAGGAUACGGACAAGAUGGAGUUCGAAAUUGGGCUGCAUACUCGGAACUUGAGCGGUGUUCCCAGGGAUGGGCCAGACGAAGGGGUCCAGAAGCCGAGAUUCAGCCUCGAGACUGAUCAUUUGUAG